AACGAGAGCAGCCGUGACGCAGUGUUGUGUUUUAUCAGUGCCCACCCCCGGCAGAAUUCCUUGCUUAAGAGGAGGCAGAUUUCCACCUCCCGCAUGCAGCUCUGGACUCACGCUGAUGCUUCUCGGUGUUGUCUUGUGGGCUCCCCUGUGCCAGCGAGAGUUUUACCCGAGGACUGCCCGCGUAAGUUGCAGCACUCCUUAUACUCUCUGGAAGUUUGCAUGCUCAGAGGUGGCUGUGCCGAGCGAUAGGCUAUCUAUUUUAGACUUCAGCCUCUAUUUGCAAUCAGGAAGGCAAGCCGCUGGAAGAACCGAGCUCCUGUUUCUCUUGAAACACCUUUUAGAUUCUGGGACAGGUCAUCGCUGCUGUACCAGUUUGGGAGCAAAAUAUGGAAUGUGCUUCACUGCUGACCGAGAGCAGGCAAAUGAACAGUAUUUAUAGUAGUGUGAAAAUCGGCAGUUAGCAGUUUCUUCACAUUCUAACACUACCCAGCACUUUCCAGAGAGAACUCAUUGUUUACAAGAAAUCUGCUUUCCAAAUCCGUUACGGUGCCCUCCAGCCUUGACUAUUAACUAUUUGCAAAGGGGAAACUGAUCUACGCUGUGGGGAAAGAUGGCAAUGGAUGACUGCCUGUGGAUGGUCAUUGUGGGUUUUAUCAUUGCUUUUAUUUUAGCAUUUUCGGUCGGUGCAAAUGAUGUUGCCAAUUCUUUCGGAACUGCCGUGGGCUCUGGUGUAGUGACUUUGCGCCAGGCUUGCAUUUUGGCUUCAGUUUUUGAAACCACUGGCUCAGUAUUGCUGGGAGCAAAAGUAGGAGAAACGAUCCGGAAAGGUAUAAUCGAUGUUAACCUGUACAACAGCACCGUGCCGCUGCUGAUGGCAGGAGAAGUUAGUGCUAUGGUUGGUUCUGCUGUUUGGCAGCUGAUCGCAUCUUUCUUGAAACUCCCAAUAUCGGGGACCCAUUGCAUCGUAGGUGCUACAAUUGGCUUUUCCCUCGUCGCAAUUGGCACACAGGGAGUCCAGUGGAUGCAGCUUGUCAAGAUUGUUGCCUCUUGGUUUAUUUCCCCACUGUUGUCUGGCUUGAUGUCUGGAGUACUCUUUGUGCUGAUUAGAUUCUUCAUUUUAAAGAAGGAAGACCCCGUGCCCAAUGGUCUCCGCGCACUUCCAGUGUUCUAUGCUGCUACCAUCGCUAUUAAUGUGUUUUCCAUCAUGUACACGGGGGCACCAGUACUAGGACUGAUACUGCCAAUGUGGGCCAUUGCUCUGAUAUCAAUCGGCGUAUCCUUAGUAUUUGCUGUCUUAGUUUGGAUUUUUGUGUGUCCCUGGAUGAAGAGAAAAAUAGAAAGCCAGUUAAAGAAAGAUGCUGCACUGUCAAGGAUAUCAGAUGAAAGUCUUGAUAAAAUUCAAGAUGAAGAAACACCAGUCUUCAAAGAGCUUCCUGGUGCCAAAACAUCUGAUGAGAGCUCAAUUCCCCUUACUGGCUCAGCAACAGAAGCUGCCGGGGCAUCAGAUACUAUUGCGAAUGGAAACCAUCCACGUGUACCAUAUGGAAGGGCCUUUUCUAUGACGCACACCUCUGUGAAAUCACCUGUCUCCAAUGGUACCUUCAGCUUCGAUGGCCAGGUGAGGAGCGAUGGCCACGUCUAUCACACUGUGCACAAGGACUCAGGUUUAUACAAAGACUUGCUACACAAAAUGCACCUGGACAGGGCCACUGACGAGAGGCCCGCUCAAGAAAACAACUACAAACUGUUACGACGCAACAACAGCUAUACCUGUUACACAGCUGCUAUUUGUGGCAUGCCUGUGCAUUCCUCCUUUAAGGCAGCAGAUACAUCCACUCCGGAGGACAGUGAGAAGUUAGUGGGAGACACAGUGUCCUACUCUAAGAAACGAGUUCGCUAUGACAGCUACUCCAGCUAUUGCAAUGCAGUGGCUGAGGCAGAGAUCGAGGCCGAAGAAGGUGGAGUGGAAAUGAAGUUGGCCUCUGAGCUCACAGAUCCUAACCGGCCCCCAGAAGAUCCUGUGGAAGAGGACAAGGAAGAGAAAGACACGUCUCAGGUCCAUCUACUUUUCCACUUCCUCCAGAUCUUAACAGCCUGUUUUGGAUCCUUUGCCCAUGGAGGGAACGAUGUCAGCAAUGCAAUUGGUCCCCUCGUCGCGCUCUGGCUGAUCUACGAGCAAGAUGGUGUCAUGCAAGAGGCGUCAACUCCUGUCUGGCUGCUGUUUUAUGGAGGUGUUGGGAUCUGCGUGGGUCUCUGGGUCUGGGGUAGAAGAGUUAUCCAGACCAUGGGUAAAGACCUCACUCCAAUCACACCAUCAAGUGGAUUCACUAUUGAGUUGGCUUCGGCGUUCACAGUUGUGGUAGCUUCCAAUGUUGGACUUCCUGUCAGUACUACACACUGCAAGGUGGGCUCCGUGGUGGCCGUUGGCUGGAUCCGCUCCAAGAAAGCCGUCGACUGGCGCCUCUUCCGCAACAUCUUCUUGGCCUGGUUUGUGACUGUCCCAGUGGCUGGCUUGUUCAGCGCCGGGGUGAUGGCGCUGCUGGUGUACGGUAUCCUGCCUUACGUCUGAAGAGCUGGGAAAAGGGGAAGUGGCCAAGCUAGUACCAAGGGGAGAAGCAUUCCCUUGAAAGGACCGGUCAGAGAGGUUCCAUCUUCCAUAUCUAACUUCUUAUCUACUGUACAUAACAAUGUGUCAUAUUGGUGACAUGGUGAUGUGGUGCCAUUUCUUAUAUAUUAAAGAAAUAUAUAUGCAUAUAGUAGGUAACAAUACCUAAGUUAUAUUAUUAGUGGGGUGAAAAUAAUUGCCUAGAAUUUAAUAUUUAGUAAAAUUUGUACAUAGUGUAUCAUUUUGGUGGCAAUUUUUUAAUCUUUUGAAGAAGAGUAUGGAUUAGGAAAUGUUUCUUGUCCAUUUGAUAUCAGAAGAAGCGAGGUACAGGGCUGCAUAACAUGACUUUUUUUAAAGCUAUUAAGAUACUGGAACAAAAUGUGCAUAAGUGCUUGUCAUAAGAUAACUGUUCAUAUCAUAUUGAUCUCUGUGUUUCAUAGCGUAACGGUUCUGGCUUUGUAAAUACUUACAAACAGUAACUCGUAAAUGGUGCAUUUCCCUCAUAUAUUUUGGAUAAGAAAGUUUAGGAAGUACCAAAGAAGCAGGGGAAUAGCUUGCCAAUAUUACGUUGUUGUCUACAUGUGUGGGUGUGUGUUGUGUUUCCCCACCUCUAAUUUAAUGUUAUUUUCACUGAGCUACCAGCAGCCAGGCUGGGAUUGUACUCUUCAUGUCUUAAUGUAACUAAAAAUGAAACAAACAAGCAAAAAGCACAUAAGAAAGCUAGUUCUACUCAUUCUUGUUGCUUAGUAGACAGAACACUGUUGUCCAUGUUAGCUGGCAGUACACAGACUUCAUUUUGUGAAGUGUCUCACUGCUCACCUCCUUCCUUUCCCCACAAGCCCCGGCCCCGUUGUCCUGCCAUCAGUCUUGGCACCAGCACGGACCAUCGGUCUCCUCCAUCUCCACCUCGUGAUCCACCAGGAAUGGGGCUGCCUGGGGCAGGAAACCAGCCCAGCCCUGCUUUCGUGGCUGGGGGUUUCAGCUGCUGGUAGCCAGUGCUCAGGAUGCGAUUUUUCACAGCAGCUCAGGGGACUGACACAGGAGAUGGCGAGCUAAAUCCCUGCACGGCUUCGGAAAGCACAUUUUAGUGAAGGUUACUGUUCAGUGGGUGGGAGGUGAAGGGCAAGGUGUGUCUGGAGGGGGUUUGGGAAUCUAUUACUGUUUAAAUGCUGCUAAAAUUUUGAUAAACGGUCUUGGUACUCCAUUGUGACUUUUCCAUUGGUCAUUCAUACUAAAUUUAUAAUAAAAAGAUAAACAGCCCCGA